AUGAAAGAUGUUUUGAUUGGUGUUUUAGCCCGCCGUGACCUUCCAAAAUACUUUUCCCGAACAUUGAACCCGCGGGAAUUUAUCGACUUCAAGGAGCCUGACACGACCACAAUGAAGUCCACGGGGCCUGGUGGAAGGAAAGGUCUCAAGCACCGCUGGGCUUCAAUGUAG